AAAUCGAUUAUUUAAAUCGAAAAUAUGUUGCAUUUAAGGACUAAUCAUGGAUUAUCGCUAAAACAACUCUGCAAAUACUCUCACCAAUGGCAUAAGCCAGCCGGCUACGAAACUGGUAUACAAGUGUAUAACACUAUCACACGUUCGAAUGUACCCCUAGUGUUGCAAAAUGAGCACAUUGCAACUUGGUACACUUGUGGUCCAACUGUUUAUGAUUCCUCUCACCUUGGCCAUGCAAGUUGUUACGUUAAACUCGAUAUUAUACAGAGAAUACUGCGCAAUCAUUUUAAAAUUAAUCUUGUCACUGCAAUGAACAUUACCGAUAUUGAUGAUAAAAUCAUUCAACGAAGUCAAGAAAGUGGCAAGUCAUGUCAAGAUUUGGCGAAAUCCUAUGAACUAGAGUUCUGGAAUGAUAUGGAUAGAUUGGGAGUUGCAGAGCCAAAUGUUAAAAUCAGAGUGACGGAAAAUAUUCCACAAAUAGUUGCAUUUAUCGAUAAAAUCGUUCAAGAUAAAUCGGCAUAUAUUGGAAGAGAUCAAUCGAUUUACUUUGAUGUAAGCUCACAUUCCGGAUACGGAAAGCUUCAGAAACUCAAUCUAGAGCAAGUGAGUCAUGAAACAAAAGAAUCUACAGUUGAUUUCGCGCUUUGGAAGGCGAAAAAAGAACCAAACGAACCUUCUUGGCAAUCACCAUGGGGCGAUGGGCGUCCAGGUUGGCAUAUAGAAUGUAGUGCUUUAGCCAGUAUGAUAUUUGGCAAGUCUAUUGACAUUCAUGCUGGAGGGUUGGAUCUAAAAUUCCCACACCACGAAAAUGAGGAAGCACAAUGUUGUGUAUUUCACAAAACUCCACAAUGGGUCAAUUAUUGGCUCCACACGGGACAUUUGAGUGUUGUUGGUCAGUCGGAAAAGAUGUCAAAAUCUCUCAAAAAUACAAUCGGAAUCGAUGAACUUUUGAAAACUUACUCCAGUAAUGACUUUCGCAUGGCUUGUAUGUUAUCUAACUAUCGAAGUUCUGUGGAGUAUGGAGAUAGUAUGAUGAAUACUGCUCAAGGUACUCUUAAGAGAUUCUCUGAGUUUAAUUCGAAUGUUGAUGCUUAUUUGGAAGGUAAAAAGCGUAGUGCAUCAAUAGAUUCUAAUCAAAUUCUUGAACUACUUUCACAAUCCAAGGUUCUUCUGAACCAACAUCUAAAGGAUGAUUUCAAUACAGCUCGAUGUGUCGGAGUCUUAAUAGAACUUGCAUCAACAGUAAGUAAAUCUAUUAAUUCGACGGCUGAACAAGUAGAUAUUUUUGCAUCUAACCUUGAUACAGUGGCAGCAGUUCGAAAUUUUAUCAAUAGUAACUUGCAGAUGUUUGGUUUUGAAAUGAUGAAAACAGUAAAAAAAAGUGAUAAGAAUUUGGAUUUGUCAUUAUUGUUGGAGGAUUUAGUGAAAACAAGAAAUGAAAUGAGACAACGAGCGAUGGAAAGUAAAAAUAAGGAAAUGUUUAAAGUGUGUGACGAAUUAAGAAAUUGCUUGCAGAGAAAUGGUAUUCAAUUAAAAGAUCACAGUCAAGGUAGCACAUGGAACUAUAUUAAAUAAAAAAGGUUUUACUAAAAAUAAAGAAAUACACUUUUGUUUAUUCACUUAA